AUGGCUAGACCAAAAUAUCUUACACAAGAGGAGUUGGAAACACUAUUGAAUGAGACUGACGACGAAGAUGCCGACAUUAGCGAUGACGAAUGUGAAUUACAAGAAGACAGUUUGAUUGAAACAAGUGAUUCUGAUGUUGAAGAACCGGACGAUAUCGAAAUUGAUGGCUCAGCAGACGAUAUUGAAAAGAUGGCAUGGUUUAUUUCAAAAGAUGGCAUAGUUUGGAACUCUGAACCAGUGACAGAUCGAAGUGGAAGAUUGCGUAAAGAAAACGUUAUCACACUUUGUCCGGGACUAACAAGAUUUGCAAAAAACCGUGUUGAUUCUAUCAAAGAUGCAUUUCUCCUUUUCUUUCCAUCACCAGUUGAAAACAUUAUUUUGAAGAAUUCGAAUGCGUAUGCAAAGGCGACGUAUGGCGAAAAUGCCAUUGAAAUCGAUUCAAACUUAUUACAUGCAUCAAAAAAUGAAAAUUUGGUUGAUUUAUUUGACGGUGAAUAUGGCCGUCCAAUUUUCAGAGCGAUCAUGUCAAAGAAAACAUUCCAAUACAUGAGCCGAGUUAUGCGUUUCGAUGAUGUCAUGAACAGACGACAACAAAAAUCCACCGACAAGUUUGCACCAAUUCGUGAUUUAUUCGAUAAGUGGUCGGAACUUUUACCUGAUUUUUACAAUCCAUCUGAAUGUGUCACUGUAGACGAGCAACUUCUUGGUUUUCGUGACCGAUGUAAGUUCCGGCAAUACAUGCCAUCCAAACCAGAAAAAUAUGGCAUAAAAUUUUGGCAAUUAGUUUGUUCUGAAACAUGUUAUGUAUGGAAAAUACAGCCAUAUUUGGGAAAAGCCGUUGGUGUUGAUUCGGCUGAAAAAGGACAAGGUGCACGCGUAGUAUUGGAUCUUAUUGGCGGACUGAAAGGUCACAACGUAACAAUGGAUAACUUUUUCUCAUCUUAUGAACUUGGGCAGAAAUUGCUAUCAAAAGGUCUCACAAUGGUUGGUACGAUGCGAAAAAAUAAAAGAAGCAUUCCACCAAAGCUCCUUGAAUGUAAAAAAGUUCCUUUGUACCAGUCAACUUUUGCAUUCACGAAAGACACAACACUCGUUUCAUAUGUCGGACGAAAAAACAAGUGCACGAUUUUGCAAAGCACAAUGCAUAGUUCAAAUGAUGUAGGAUCCGGCGACAAAAAAUUGCCCGAAAUUAUAGAAUACUACAACAAAACUAAAGGUGGUGUGGAUACGGUUGACAAGAUGCUUUCGUGUUACAGCUGUAAGCGCAAAAAAAAUCGAGGGCCUAUGGUCGUGUUUUCGAAUAUAAUCGAUAUUUCAGCCUUGAACGCAUUUAUCAUUUUCAAAGAAGUGUCACCGAAUUGGCAAACAACACAGAAAACUACAUUACGACGCAAUUUUCUACGGGAACUUGGAUAUUCUCUUGCGCAGCCAUACAUGGAUAUGAGAAAAGGUGUGCCACGAUCUGAAUCAUCAGCAUCGCUUCUUUCAGCGAGCCGAGAAUCCUUACAAUGGCGUGUAAGUUCACCAGCUAUUCAGUCUUCGUCUUCCUCAAUUUCUCGUGAGUCUUCGAUGUCACGUGAAGGUUCACCAACUUUGCUACCAUCUACAUCAUUCGAAAUUCCUC